AUGCCACUCUUGAAAGAUGCCAUGCCCCUAACAAAGGAGCUCCAUCCUCCUCCACAGACGCUGCUUCCCUGGUUCCUCCCAAGCUUGUUUGCUGCCUUUAAUGUAGCGCUGCUGGUAGUUUCGAGUGGCCUCUUCUUUGCAUUCCCUUGCAGGUGGCGCCAGAACGGGGAGUGGGCCUUUCCCAUUGUCACAGGCCUCCUCUUUGCCCUCACCUUCUUCAGUCUCAUCUCACUCAACUUCUCAGACCCUUACAUCGAAGACCUUCUGCCCCAAGUCCCCAUUCCCUCCAGCCCUGCCUCUGGAACUUGCUUCCCCAGCCAUGGCACGGGAUGUGGAGAAAGAGAAUUCUGGAGGUUUUCCAGCUGCCUUGGAGGGAAGCCCAGUGCAGGUUGGGGAGAGAAAGCUGCUCUUCUCAACCACUGGGUUCAGUCUCCCACUUCCACUGCACAAGCUCCUUACAGCAUCAACUACAGUACAAAGGCCCGAGUUCUCAGAGAACUCCUCUGGCUGGAAACCCACCUUCCCCUUUACCAGCUUCUCCACACUUGGUCCGCUUGUCCAGUGGGCACUGGGGGUCACCCAGCCCCCCUCCACCCCACCCUUUCUGGGGCCCAGUGGUGCUGUGGGGUGGUCCUCCCACUCCCUCUCCCCCGACAGCAGCAGAGGGAUGGAAUGGUCUCCUGCUGCUGCCCAGCGCUCCCAUCCACCCCAGGCUCCGACAAACAGAGCCCCGGGACAGUGUAUGUGGUGUGGGUGAACCACAGAGCCUUCCGCCUGCAGUGGUGUCCAAAAUGCUGCUUCCACUGCCCACCCCGGACCUACCACUGCCGCUGGUACAACAUCUGUGUGGAGGACUUUGACCAUCACUGCAAGUGGGUCAACAACUGCAUUGGUCACCGCAACUUCUGCUUCUUCAUGCUGCUCGCCCUGUCCCUGUGCCUCUACUCGGCUGCGGUACUAGUCACCUGGGUGGUCUUCCUGGAGCGCACAACACACCUGCCCUUCUCUAUGGACAAGGCCGUGGCCAUCGUGGUGGCUGUACCUGCCGCCGGCUUCCUGGUUCCACUCUUGCUACUACUGCUGAUGCAGGCCGUGUCGGUGAGCGCUGCCGAGCGCUCCUACGAGUGCAAGUGCCGAUACCUGCAGGGAUACAACCCCUUCGACCACGGCUGUGCCAACAACUGGUAUUUAACAAUUUGUGCACCACUGGGACCCAAGUACAUGGCUGAGGCUGUCUGGCUGCAGAGGGUGGUGGGGCCUGACUGGGUGCUUACGCAGAACCUGCUCUCCCCCAUGUGCCCCUCGGCACAGGGUCCCCCAGCCCUCCCUGGGCCUGAGUCCGGUCCCCAGCCCCCACCUCUGAGUCUCUGCAAACCAGGGACGGGUUCCCCAGGGAGUGGGGAGGCUGCAGCCUUCCAGGAGCUCCACACUGGCCCAGGGCUGCCCUUGCUAUGGGAGGCCCCCGGAGAAGGCUCUGUCCUCCUCUGCCCGCUUCACACCCAGCGACGCCAGGAGCCCCUGCCCCUGAGUCUCUCCUCCUGAGCCCGGCGUGGAGGCCCCUCUCUGUCUUGCCCUCGCCCACCGCCCUGGCGGGAGUGCCCAGACCCCCCAGAGCCCAUUAAAUGCCCUUUGCCUGCCUCCUACAGCUGCCCUGCUGUGCUGUCCGCCCUGGGUUCACAUGAGGGAGUGCAGACGACGGGCGUUGAGGGGCUGGGACAGAGAGACCUGGGCAGCGGGACUCCGGGCCGUUACUGGCUGGCUCUGUGACCGUGGGCAGGACACUCAGCAGUUCUCAUUCUUAAAAUGGGGCAACAUUUUAACAACCACAGCGGGGGUUGGAGAUGAUGGGAGAGGAACCCCCCCUUAAAGCCGGGCUUGUGGGCUCCCAAGGUCCCAGCCUCCGCCCUGCUGCACCCCUGUGCAGCUGCAGGGGGCGCCCGGCGCCUGGGAAUUCGCCCGGCCCGCAGGACGGGCCGGUCCGCGCGGGAGCCUC